GGUUUUUGAACACUUUUUUUUUUUUUUGAAACGUCUCCCUCGCGCGGCCGCCCGCAACGCUCCCUCCACGGCCGAAACAAAAACGACGGACGACGCCCGACAAACACUGUUGGGCAAGCAACCGACACGGCGGAAGACUGAGAAGGAAAACAGACGAAAGUGGGAAAAGAAGUAAGGCGGAGAGCAAGGGCGCAUUUACGUGCGGCGGAGGGUUUUCUGUUCAAACAAAACCAACACGCAACCCUUCGUUGGAGCGUCUGUUCACGUAUCGUUCGCAGUCAAAAGGAAGCAACACGUACCUUGUAUCUUAUUCUCUGAACAAUUUCGUAAGGCUCCAUAAUGUCCGUCAUGGGACCUACGGCGCCCAUCUCGCUGGAGACCUUGCCUGCUGGUUCCGCAUCUCCUCCCACUGCACCAUGUCCUAUCCCCGUCCCUAUUCCCGGCCUUUCCUCUUCUGGCACCCUAUCCGGAAAGGAUGAAACCAACGUGAAGGCAGAGUGUGGAAGCCCACAAAAAAAGAAACUCAAGCUGGAGGGAUGGGAAAUUGACGAGGAGGAGCCUUUGGUUGAGGAUGUUGCCCCUGCUGCUGAGGCUGAGAUACUUGUCCAAGGGUCACCAUCACAUUCAGUAUCGUGGACUGUCGCAGCGGAAAAGGGUUAUAGAAAGACGUUUGGGGAAAGUUUUCCGUUUGACGGGCGUGGGAGAACACCAAUUCAUCUUGAACUUGAGGAUGUCCAUUGGCCGACCCAAGAGGACCAAGUGACUGGCACGAAAGCAAAACCGACAACCACAUCAGGAGCACACGUCUUUGUUUUGGCUGACGGCCAUGGCGGCGUGGAAGCCCCUCGGUUUUUCGUUGGAGGAGCUACCAGAGUCGUACGGUCUCUUCUUGAGUCUCGUUCUUGGGAAUUUGACAAGGAAGAAGACAGAGUUGCCUUUCGUACUGAGAUUCACACUGCGUUCCAAAUUCUGGAUGCCUCGUAUGCCUCGCGAAAAGUUGAAGAAUAUCGAAGGUGGAUGGAUGCGGGAAGUGACGGAAAAGCCCGCCCGGUAGACGAUGGCUGCACCCUUCUUGUGAACGUAAUCCUCAAUGGAUGGAUUUGUAAUAUAAAUGUUGGAGACUCGAGGACAGUGGUGGGUGCACGACGGUCUGCAGAGGAGGAGGCUGAGGCUGAGGCUGCGUCCUUGGCAUUUGGGCUACCGCCUUGGACGCCUGUGUUCUCGUCGAGCGAUCACAACAUGACGCAUCCCGUCAAGAUUCACCAUAUUAACUCAACCGGAGGUCAAUUUGUCUACCCAUACGGAACCCUCCGCACCAAGUCUGUGCAAUCAACACCAUGCCCCCCUUCCCGUCCUUACACUGAACUAGUUGGGAUGCGUAUUUACCGACCGCCAACUCCGCAAAUCCGUGCUGUGGGUGUCUCACAUCGAAGGACAUUGAAUCUCUCGGCAACGAUGGGCGACUUGCUCUUCAAGGUCGAGCCAGCCGUUCUUAGCUGUAUCCCCGACGUAGAGUUUAUAAAGCUAGAAAAACACCGGAACUAUGUCGUCGUAGCGGCAACCGACGGUGUUUGGGAUCAUAUGAAGAUCCAGAACACUGAGAAGCAGAAUGAAAUCAUUGUAGAUUGUGUCGGAGGUUGGUUAGAUGGCAAGUGGGAUCAGCUUUCGAUUCAAAGAGAGUCGAAAACGACCAGUGGGAUGCUUGCGGAUGGCAUAGUCAACAACAGCGAUCCCGAUUCGCCUUCGACACUCGCAGGUGACAGUCCGUUCGAAGAAGAGUGCGAUGACCCACCACAAACAAUGGCGCCUCCCUCUCCCUCCCCUCUCCCGCCGCAUCGCCGUCUUCAUCUCGCGUCGCGCAUCCUCGUCGAACGUGAACGUCCUGAAGGUCUUGCAGCACUGGGGUCUGACGGGGUUUGUAUCCAUCCGGAUCUAUAUUUCCCCGGACAAGUACGGUACGAUGAUGCCACAGCUUAUAUCAUUCACCUACGAGGACAGUUGUGAUGGUUUCCGUAGUGGUGUUCCUUCUUCUAUGAGUUAGAGUGGAGUGUAUUUAUUCAGGUGGUUCUUGCCACCAAAUCCGUUUUUCGUUUCUUUUUUUGCUUUUUUUCUGUACACAAUACGCUGCUUCGUCGACCCGAAGGUGGGACUGAUACUUUAGAUUCUGUGCAUGUAUCAUCUAGAUAUUUGCAAGAUGUGACGUGGACGGAAAUAAAUCUGUAAUUUAAACGUUG